AUGACUUUGGUGGUCGUAGCAUGUGGAGGGGCAGAGGAUACUCCUGCCGCGGGCGCUGGGACUGACCAGGCGUCAACGGGCGCCCAGGACCCGUCAGCCACCAAUACACCGAUUCCGGCAGGCGCGCUGCCGACGCCCACCCAGAGGGUAUCGGUGUUGCAGGCCACGGUGCUUCCCACGCUGGAUGUAUCAACACUGCAGGGGACAGUGGUAACGGACCGGCUGAUUGCGGUGUUGGACCCGCCUUCGCUAGAGUCGCCGCUGGACUGCGAAGUCACCGGUUCUGGAGUGGUCAACUAUCGGAUGGCAAUGGAGUACAUGGUUGAUGCCAGCCGCAUCGACGGAUCGUACGAGCCGAUGCUGGCGACCGAGUGGAGCAUCACACCUGACGGACGGGUGUGGAAUUUCAAGCUUCGGCAGGGAGUGCGCUGGCACGAUGACUGGGGCGAAUUCACGGCUCAGGACGUUAAACACUCGAUAGGCUAUUACACCAAUCCGCAAUGCCGCGCGUCCUAUUCUGACUACUUCCGCAGCGAUCCGGGUACCGAAGUUGAAAUCGUCAAUGACUACGAGGUCAAUCUGCAUACCCAAGUGCGGCCGGCGGUGGACCUUCUCUACUGGUUAUCCGGAUAUCGGGGCGUUCCCAUGAGCAGCAAAGCGCAGUGGGACCAGGCAUGCCCCAACGGGGAAGCUGAUUACGGAGAGUUGGGGUACUGCGCCCAGAGCCGGGACCUUGUUUACGAGAAAUCGGCGCGGACGGGACCCUACGAAUUCGUAGGUUUCGAGGAAGGCGUGGGGUGGCGCUGGGACGUUGUGGACUAUGAACACUGGCGGGUGGACCCCGACUUCCCCGAGAUUGAGCUGAAGAACGUGAGGGAGCCAGCGACACGACUGGCGAUCAUGCUGGCGGGUGAAGGGCACAUAGGCGCGAUCAACCGAUCGUUGCUUGGGGAGGCCAUUGCCGGGGGCAUGACGAUCUACGACAGUUCGGUUACUGCCAAUACUGCGUUCGCCCUUUUCGGUGGUUUGUAUUACGCCACCGGCGAGCAGGGCGUUCCCACCGAUUUAACUCCUGAGGCACAGGCGGACCUACGGGUGAGCUACAACAAUGUGCCUCACCGGGACGAACACAUGCCGUGGAACGAGCCUGGGGAAACGGGAAAACUAGUCCGCAUGGCGAUGAACAAAGCGCUGGACCGGGACCAGAUCAACAGCGCGAUAUUUGAGGGCGGAGGCGGCCGGCAAUGGAUUGGCACGCUGGUUCCAGACUUCCCGGCAGGUUACAACCCGGAUUGGGAAGACUCGUGGGACGAGCUGUAUGGCUACGACCCGGAGAAGGCGAGCGAGUUGCUGGCGCAAGCGGGGUAUCCGGAGGGGUUCGGUUUCCGGAUACCAGUAUUCCCGUUGAGCGGAGUGCCGGAGCUGCCGGACCUGAUGGAAGCGAUGUCGGGGUAUUGGCGUGACAUCGGGCUGGAGCCGCAGACCGAUUCCAUCGAGUUUUCGAACUGGCGCAACAAUUAUCGGGGGUUGGAUACGGACUGCUGCGUGUACCCGUUCCGGGGACCGGCGGCGCCGAUCGACACUCGGGUGCACUUCUACUUCAGCGCCGAACGGUUCUUCCGCGCCUACACCAGCGAUGAUAUCCAGGUAAACAAGAACAAGGCGCUGCGGGCGUUGAACGAAGCCGAUUCCACGGCCGACUGGCAGAAAGUCUCGGACGAGCUUUUCUACGAGUUAACCACUAUCCCAGGCUGGACGCUGCCGGUGAGCGCGACGGUGAAUCCUAACGUGGUGGCCGAGUAUAUAUUCCUGGGUCCGAACAACGGCAAUUAUGUCUACCUCGAAUACGUAAAGGGUGUGCGGGAGUAG